CUCCGCGGUGUCAGCCGCGACCCUCUGGUUUCUGGCUUGAUUCGCUGGGGGGACGCGCAUUCGUCGGCCCAGCGCGAUGCAGCAGCAAGCUUCAGGCUUCAAUAUACACAAGCUAGAACAUGAAGUGAAGACCCGCUGGCUGAAGCCUCACGAAGUUCUGAGGAUAUUACAGAAUCAUGAGUGGCUCACGGUGACACAUAAGCCCCCUCAUAAGCCACCGAUUGGUUCUUGGUUUCUUUACAACCGUAGAGUACUUCGGUACUUCCGAAAUGAUGGAUAUGAAUGGCAAAAGAAGAAGAAUAGGAAGACCAUUAAUGAAGCCCAUGAGCGUCUUAAGGUUGAUAACAUGGAAGCACUAAGUUGCUACUAUGCUCGUGCAGACAAAAAUCCUACAUUUCAGAGGUGGAUAUAUUGGAUACUUGAUCCGUAA